AUGCUUCGACGCAGCAUAUUCCGUCUGGGCACCAUCGACAAGGUGAUGUCCCUCGAGAAAGCGAUUGGCGAUAUCCCGAACAAUGUCGAAAUUGCGUUUGGCGGCUUUGGCUGUGCGGGGGUUCCGUUUGCCCUGAUCAAGGAACUCCAACGGCGCGACGUGAAGGGGAUUACGGCCUACACCGACUCCGCCGGCAUCGAGGGCUGGGGGAUUUCGAUGUUGAUGGAGCAAAACCAGCUCAAGCGCAUCUGCUGCUCCUACGUCGGGGUGAACAAGUUCUUUAGCAAGCGCUAUUUGGACGGCGAUCUCGAGCUCGAGUUCGUCCCGCAAGGGACGCUGGCGGAGCGGAUGCGCUCCGGCGGGGCGGGGAUCCCCGCCUUCUACACCGCCACCGCCUACGGCACGCAAUGCCAGACCGGGGGCCAGAUCGUGAAGUACGACAAAACCGGCAACCCCUGCGUGCUUUCCGAGCCGAAGGAGACCCGCUGCUUUGACGGGCGGUGGUACGUGAUGGAGCGGACGAUUCGCCCGCACUACGCCUUCGUUCGCGCGCACAAGGGCGACCGGGCGGGGAACCUCGUCUUCCGCGCGAUGUCCCGCAAUUUCAACAUCCCCGCCGCCCAGUGCGGGCGGUGCGUCAUCGCGGAGGUGGACCACCUGGUCGAGAACGGCGAGUUGGACCCGGACGAAAUCCACCUCCCCCGGGUCUUCGUGCACCGCGUCGUGCAGGCCCCGAAGUACAAAAUCCCUAUCGAGCAGCGCACCGUCUUCGGGGCGGCGCAGAAGGCAAAAGGCGAGGACGCCCGCCAGAUCAUCGCCCGCCGCGCCGCGCUCGAGUUCGCGGACGGCAUGCACGUUAACUUGGGCAUCGGCAUCCCCACGGAGUCCGCGAACUACAUCCCCCCCGGCGUCAGCGUGUCUUUGCAGUCCGAGAACGGCCUGAUCGGGAUGGGGCCCUUCCCCACCGAGGACAAGGUCGACCCCGAGUGGAUCAACGCGGGAAAGCAAACCAUCACCUACCUUCCAGGGGCCGCUUGCUUUGACAGUGCCGUCUCGUUCGGGCAAAUCCGCGGCGGCCAUAUCCAGCUCACCAUGCUCGGGGCGUUGGAGGUCGCGGCGAAUGGGGAUCUGGCGAAUUGGUGUAUUCCCGGGAAGCUCAUCAAAGGCCCGGGAGGGGCGAUGGAUCUCGUCAGCAGCGGCUCCCGCGUGGUGAUUACGAUGACCCACACCAACAAAGACGGCGAGCCGAAGAUUUUGGAGCGCUGUAAGCUGCCGGUGACCGGGAUUGCCUGCGUGAGCCGCAUCAUCACUGAGCAGGCCGUCUUUGACAUCGAAGGAAAGCAGCUGGUGCUGAAAGAGCUCGCAGAGGGGGUGACGGUGGAGAAGGUCAAGUCCAUCACCGACGCACACUUUAAGGUCUGCGAUAGCCUGAAACCGAUGCCCCUCGCGAAGAUUACGACUUGUUGA